AUGUCUAUCCUGAUCACUCCAAUCGUCGUGACGCCUCUGAUGAAGGUCCCUCUCCUCCUAGCCACCGCAACAUAUUCGUACUACGGCAUGACCCCUCCUACGCAACCGCCGGCCAAGGAGGAGAUGGAACGGAUGAGUAAGACGGAGAACACGCCCAUCACCGCCCCAAUUCUUGCUGGUGUCAAGGUAAGUUGCAGUCCCUACUCCGUCCUGCGCCAGUCUCAUGGACUCCACAUACAGUACGGCUUGUGCAGCCUCGCGGUUGCCGAGGCGGCCGCGAUCCUCGUGCACGCCUUCCCUUCAUACGCCGCUUCCAUCCUCCUCCACGCCCUCGGCCGCGGCGGCCGCGGAUCCUCCCCGCUCCCGCCUCCAUCCGUGCGUGGCGCAGCGUCGGCCGCUUCCCUCGCCGCCUCGCUGCUCGCCGCCGCGGGCGGCCUCACGCGCGUGUGGUGCCACCGCACGCUCGGCGCGUCCUUCACCUGGCAGCUCGCGGUCCGCGACGGGCACCAGCUCGUCACAGGGGGCCCGUACGCGCUCGCCCGGCACCCGAGCUACACCGGGUGGGCGCUCAUCGCGCUGGGCAACGUGCUGUAUCUCUUCGGGCCGGGCUCGUACUUCGCGCGGACCGCGGUGGGGAGGUCGGCGGCGGGGAGGUGGGGCGCGCGGGCGUUGGCGGUGCACAUGACGGCCGUGUCGGUGGCGCUGUGUGGGCGGGCGGGGAAGGAGGAUCGGAUGAUGCGGGAGGAGUUCGGGGAGGAGUGGGGGCGGUGGGCGAGGAGGACGCCGUAUAGGCUUGUGCCUUGGGUGUACUGA